AUGAAUCGUGUGUGUGAACAAUUCGCGUUGCCUGGAGUUGAUGGUGCAAUCGCUUAUUCUAUUAUUAGGAAACGGGUACUAGUUCAUUCAUUUCCUAAUUGUUCGCAACAAUUACCCACCUACGAAAAUGGAAAUACAAAUUUGGAAUUAAUUAAUCAUCCGAAUAGAAGUUUAUUUUUGCUACCUAUUGAGACCGAUUUUAAUUACAAUCCAAGUUCAAACAAUAAAAUUCCCGGUAAUUAUUGGUUCACUACCUCUGCCAUUAAUAAUCAUGAUAAUAAUAAUCAUAAUCAUAAUAGUAAUAAUAAUAAUUGUGGUAUUGUAAACAUGCAAACCAAUGGAACUAGUUUAAAUCUCAGCUCUUCAUCAUGUAACAUGAUGACAAAUAAUUUACCAUGUACAAAUAUGAAUAAUUUAUAUCACGGAUUUACAAAUGAUCACAAUUCAAAUACAAAAAAUGUACCAACUUGUCCUGAUGGCUAUCAAACAUUCUUGAAUGGUCAGUAUCCGAUACCUUUUAGUAUACCUGAAACGUGUGGUGACGUAACGAAUAUAUCAAAACAUCCCCACAUUCUAAUGGCUACAACAGAUAAUUGGCCAAAACUACCAAUAACUGAUUUCACAUCGAAUAUCGUUGUACCAACAGACUGUGAUUCAGGCAAUGGUGAUAGUGUGGAAAUUCAACCACAUCAAAUACCAAAUAAAAUUUGUUUUCUUGAAAGAACCUAAUAAGCAGCAAUGAAUUGAUAUUUGCUAUCAGUAUUACUUACAUGGUUUAACAACAUUUAUACAUUGCAUAAAAUGCAUUUACCUUUUUUCAAUAAACACUUAAUUUGCUCUCUGUGUGUGUGUGUCAUUAUU